AUGGAGCCCACAGUGAUAGAGCCCACAGUGAUGGAGCCCACAGUGAUAGAGCCCACAGUGAUGGAGCCCACAGUGAUGGAGCCCACAGUGAUAGAGCCCACAGUGAUGGAGCCCACAGUGAUAGAGCCCACAUUGAUGGAGCCCACAGUGAUGGAGCCCACAAUAAUAGAGCCCACAGUAAUAGAGCCCACAGUGAUGGAGCCCACAGUGAUAGAGCCCACAGUGAUGGAGCCCACAGUGAUGGAGCCCACAGUGAUAGAGCCCACAGUGAUGGAGCCCACAGUGAUAGAGCCCACAUUGAUGGAGCUCACAGUAAUAGAGCCCACAGUGAUGGAGCCCACAGUGAUAGAGCCCACAGUAAUAGAGCCCACAGUGAUGGAGCCCACAGUUAUAGAGCCCACAGUGAUGGAGCCCACAGUUAUAGAGCCCACAGUGAUAGAGCCCACAGUGAUAGAGCCCACAGUGAUAGAGCCCACAGUGAUGGAGCCCACAGUGAUAGAGCCCACAGUGAUAGAGCCCACAGUAAUAGAGCCCACAGUGAUGGAGCCCACAGUGAUGGAGCCCACAGUGAUAGAGCCCACAGUAAUAGAGCCCACAGUAAUAGAGCCCACAGUGAUGGAGCCCACAGUGAUAGAGCCCACAGUGAUGGAGCCCACAGUGAUAGAGCCCACAGUGAUGGAGCCCACAGUGAUAGAGCCCACAGUGAUAGAGCCCACAGUGAUAGAGCCCACAGUGAUAUAG